CUGCCCAUGUUCCUCAAGCAUUUCAGUGUGUAGUUAGUCUUCGUACUGUGCUGUAUUUUAUUGUUUGUGUGAACCAAUUAAAGUCUAGUAUUUUAUAAUUGUUUGUCGGUAAUUUAACUGUAUUGAUCAAUUCGAAAUGUCGGGAACAAAUAGCAGGGAAGACCAGGAUAAUUCACCGAGUAUGCCGAUCAUGGCCGGUGGGGUAAGCACUAGUCAAGAGGGUGCUGCAACGGGGAGUCCAGAGGAGAAUCCAGGCUCGUCUAAUAGAGGGCCAGCGAUAUUGGAAAGUCCACAGGGACAGGACGGUGCCAAAGCUGGUCCGUCCACACGGCCAGAUUCGCCGGAUGCAAUUCAGCCAGCUCCAGACUCAUCUGCAAGCAAGUCUUCCUCCUUGAUCAGUAUCCAGGACGCUCCUUUUCUCAGCAACUCCGUCGGACAACGGGUGUGGAAUGUGUGGGAGUCCGGAUUGAAACGAGUGGGACUGUCCUCUUGUAUGUUGCAUCGAUGCAUGCGUUUCAAUGUAAUAUGCACCGUAUGCGAAGAAAAACGACUCGCAGAAGAACGAGCCAAAGCGGCCGAGCAAAAGGAAGUUGCGCCUGUAGAUUUGGCAGCAAAAGCCGCUGAAGGACAACCAGAGAGCGUCAACGUCAGGUUUUACUUCGCUCGUCGCCUUGAUCUGGAAAUUGAGAAGUCCUAUCCAUUGACUAUCAAUCGAGGAAUGACUGCUUAUCAAGUGAUUAAAGCUUUGGCUGGCGUUACUUCUGCACCCGACGGUUUCUCAUACUCUUUGGCUGAGCACUGGAUAGGCUAUGAAGCACAUCGUUAUCUUGAUGACUGCGAGUCGAUGUAUAUCAACGAGUGGGAGCAUGUGGCCUCCAAACAAUCAUUCAGAUAUGUGUUUCAGAAAAAUGAGGAAAAGUUCGACUAUACCCGGCACAGAAAACUGUACUUUAUCACACCGGAAAAGGCCAGGGAGAAGUUUGCCACCUCUUCGAACGUUGAUCCAGAUUUAAUCCAGGUUCGACAUGAAUUUUUCCAACACUCAACGGGCAUAUUUCACACUGCGCGUAAAGAUUCCAGGAAAAAAAAGGUUCUGAAAUACUUUCGUUCUCUGGGCCGUUCGACCAGUAGUGACUCUGAAGAACGUUCAGCGCGCGAUGCUUCUAAAACCCUUUUGGACAGGGAUGACUCAGCUCCAGAGCCAGAGAUACCUAAAGGGGAUAAAGCGAAUCCGAUCUACUGCAGUACCGUCUAUGUAAAGGAGACCAUGCCUGAUUGCAGAAUCGAUGAACUCCGACGAUGGUCUGAAAAAAUUAAGAAAUCCAAAUGGCCAAAGAAGUACUUACUGCUGCGUAACAAGACUUUAUAUUUCGUGAAGGACCACUCUCAUAUGAUGAAGUACUACCUGAUGGAGAACGAGCAAUUCGCACUUGUGGCUAAAAAGAAACUCGCUCAAAAGGAAAGUCGCACAUUGCAAGUGGUUGGGUAUGCGUGCCAAUUCGAUGCAUACAUUGGUUCAACUGCCCGAGAAUUCUACAAUUCUCCUUUGGGGGGCUGCAUCUAUCUACGAAGAUAUUUUGGGGCCGCACAGAAUCACAUCUUGAUGUUUUGCCCGAAGACACUGAAAGCGGAUUCUCCAAUUUCUAUCCAACUAACAGCCAUGGCCCGAAAUCUCUGGUUGACUGCCAUCAGAUUCGCCAAGUAUGGACCGAAGAUUAUCCAAGACUUCUUGACGUACCGAGCAGAACGUAUGCAGUACGACGUGCUGUUAACCUGCCAAGCCGACCAGCCGACAAAAGUCCCAAUGGAUUUCUCCAGCGGAGUAGGAAGGCUAGUUGCCCUCAAUGAGUCCCAGGAAGAGGACACAAGUCCGAGAGUUUUGAGGUUUGAGCAGUACGAGCAAAUCCCGCGAGAGGCGUUUGCCAACGGAGUGCACUCUACUCAACAAUACUAUCAUGGAAGCCUGAGUCGACAAGCUGCGCAAGCAAAACUCCUAGCAGCUGGGACCAAUGGGUCAUGGUUGCUUCGCAACAGCAACUCCCGGGAUAAUACCCUGAUCAUCUCCUAUAUAUUCGAGGGCCGGUUUUACCAUAAGAACAUCUCAGCUGCUCCCUACGUCGACCAAUCGAGCCAAUCGGGCAGAGAUCGCAUUUACGUUGCCACCCUCGACCACAUACUGGCUUUCUACGAUGUUCACAGUCUCUUAGAGUUCUACAGACUCAAUACUGGGGAGGAGUUGGCGUGCAUGCUCGGUACAAGUGUGAAGAAUCCAAACCAGCCCAAUAGCAGCCCGGCCAGAUCCCAGGUACCCGUUAGGAGAGAUGAUGACACGCGUGUGGGCACGCAGAGGCCGUUUACAAGGUCCCAACAGAUGUUGGCUGACCAAUUUUCUGAAACUCCUAAACUUGCGGGAACAAGCGUUCAACUUCCGGGAACAAGCGCUCAAGUUCCGGGAACAAGCACUCAACUUCCGGGAACAAGCACUCAACUUCCUGGAACAAGCACUCAACUUCCGGGAACAAGCACUCAACUUCCGGGAACAAGCAUUCAUCUUCCGGGAACAAGCACUCAACUUCCGGGCACAAGCGUUCAAUUUACGGGAACAAGCGUUCAACUUCCGGGAACAAGCACUGGAGGAUCUGCCGAUUUGGUUUCAUCGCCAGAAGAGAGAGCUGCUUCAAGUGACGAAGUCAGCACUGAUGCAGCAGCAGAAUCGCUUAAUUUAGAUCCAGUCGAGGAACCGUUGCCGGAAGCCAAUUAGCUUGUCCACCGUAAGUUGCGUAGUUAGGCCAUGUUUUGAGUGGCUCUCCUUCGAAUGUUGUCACUAAAUUGGGCAAAACUGCCAAGAAAUCCGCUAAUUUUGCCAACGUGAUAUUGCUUUGUGAUAAGUGUUCUACUCUAUGUGAUCCCGCUUUGAAUAGGAACGGUUGAAGCCAAAGACACGAGGAAGUCGCUUAAAAUGUGGCCUAACAAUGCCGGAGUUUUUGCGAACAGGUUCAUUUAAGCGAAAAUUGCUUCCUCCAGUAUAAACGAAUUUAUUAUUUGUAGGUUUCCCAGGCGCAUUAUAUUCAUAAAUUAUUAUUAUUAUUCUUAUUAUUAGGGGGGGUGUUUGAAUAGUUUAUUGGAGACCAAACCCCCGUAAUGGUCUCAGGAUUGCAUCCCGAUGCGACAUUCGAAUUGUAUUAAUUAUCCAAUUUAACUCUUUUAACUUUAAGGACUUUGUGAUCGAUCGGAAAUGUUUGCAUGUGUAGGCGUGGUGUGUUUCUUUCAGUAUUAAUAUGAUUUCAAUGUACAGGGUGAACUAGAAUAGGAUUAGCAACUAGAGCAGGUCGAAUAUCCGACUAAAGCGCUGGGUGUUGGUUUCCGGAUGAUUCGUUUACUCGAAAUAUUUACCAAAUGUCCAAAAAACAUUAUCACACCUUUUCAAUACACUUAGGCUAAGUUUAUGUAAUCUACGAUAGGCAAUCAGCAAAUAUUAGAAGCAAUACUUAACACAUUUUGCGAGGUUUGAGUAAUAGGAGAUAAAUAGGCGCGAUUUAGUAGCCGUCGUUACUCAUUCCUCCCCGAAAAUUCCCUAUAUGAGUAGCAUGUGAUAUUUUACUUUUAAGAAUAGUAUUUUCAGCUAAAUAGCGUCGUAGUACAAAAUCAGUACAGUGAUAGAUACGUGUGUUUAAUUCUUCGGUGUUUUCUAUAUGAAAUUGUUAAGGGAGAAAUGGGACUGUUUGCAACAGCUUCUUAAACUGGACGCUCUAAAGCCGUUCAUUUUCCUACAUCUGCAUAACGCAUAUUUUUGUAAACGUUUUUCUACGUCAAUCCGUGCGAUUGGACCCGAAUGAAACGAAAAUCUGUGAAAUUCUCUACCCGUUUUCCACGCGGUAAUUUUGCAUGCAUUUCAACGCUUUACUCAAAUAUGCUUCUUUUACAUUUCGGGGCUUUUUGAAAUUUUACAUCAACCAAACAGCGGGAAAACAAAACAAAA